UGCAGCGUCACACACACUCUCUAACAUGCUCUACCACUCUAUAACACGCUCACACUCUCAUGGCAACAGAGGGGUCGCUGUUUCUGUUAUGGACUGAGAGAAGCACUUCUUAUCUCCUCGCAAUCUUGCAAAACCACAUAUGAAUUCGCUCGCGUAAAGAGGCGGUUGUGUCCAGCCUUUUUCGUAUAAAAGGUCUAAAGAAAAGAAACCUCACCAUAAACAGCAUGAGCAGUUGCAGUUUCCCGAGUAUGGCGACGAUAGACAACGCCACUAUUCCUCCCACAAAAGUUGAGAUUACAGUCUCAUGCAGAAACCUGCUUGACAAAGACACGUUUUCCAAAUCAGAUCCAAUCUGUGUCCUUUAUACCCAAGGCAUUGGCAACAAAGAGUGGCAAGAGUUUGGGCGGACAGAAGUUAUUGAUAACACUUUGAACCCAGAUUUUGUGCGAAAAUUCAUAUUGGACUACUACUUUGAAGAAAGACAGAACUUAAAGUUUGAACUGUAUGAUGUCGACUCCAAGAGCACCAACCUUUCAAAACACGAUUUCCUUGGCCAGUUCUUUUGUACAUUGGGAGAGGUGGUGGGUUCGACAGGUGGUCAUAUGGAGAAACCUAUUGGGGGGAUUCCAGGGAAGAAAUGUGGGACAAUUAUUGUGAAGUCAGAGGAGCUUAGCAACAGCAAGGAGUCUGCGACGAUGCAAUUUUGUGGCAACAAACUGGACAAAAAGGACUUCUUUGGCAAAUCUGACCCCUUUUUAGUGUUUAAUCGCACCAACGAGGAUGGAACAUUUACCAUUUGCCAUAAAACAGAGGUGGUGAAGUGCAAUCUGAACCCUGUGUGGCAAGCCUUUACAAUCCCUGUCAGAGCCCUGUGCAAUGGCGAUUAUGACAGAACGAUCAAGGUUGAAGUUUAUGACUGGAACCAGGAUGGCGGUCAUGAAUUAAUUGGAGAAUUCAGCACAAGCUACAGAGAACUGAAAAGAGGCCAGUCAGAAUUUAACGUGUAUGAGGUCAUAAACCCCAAGAAGAAAGCCAAGAAGAAAAAUUAUCACAACUCUGGAACUGUGACACUGCGGUCGUUUUUCAGUGAAAUUGAAUUCACCUUCCUGGAUUACAUGAAAGGCGGAACUCAGAUUAAUUUCACGGUGGCGAUUGAUUUCACAGCUUCUAAUGGCAACCCAGCCCAGCCCAAUUCCCUCCAUUACAUUAAUCCCUAUCAGCCCAAUGUCUACAGCUUGGCACUCAGAGCUGUGGGGGAGAUCAUACAGGACUAUGGCAGCGACAAGAUGUUCUCCGCACUGGGCUUUGGAGCCAAACUGCCUCCUGAUGAAAGAAUAUCCCAUGAUUUUCCCCUGAAUAGAAACCCUCAGAAUCCAUGUUGCAAUGGCAUUGAUGGAAUCAUUGAGGCUUAUUACCAGAGUCUAAAGUCCAUCAAGCUCUGCGGACCUACCAACUUCUCGCCUGUCAUUAACCAUGUAGCAAGAUACGCUGCCCCUGUAAAGGACGGAUCACAGUACUUCAUCCUCCUCAUCAUCACAGAUGGAGUGAUAUCAGAUAUGGCUCAGACAAAGGAGUCCAUUGUUAAUGCUGCAUGUCUUCCCAUGUCAAUUAUUAUUGUUGGAGUUGGACCAGCCGAGUUUGAUGCCAUGAUCGAGCUGGAUGGUGAUGAAGUCAGAAUCUCAUCGAGAGGCAGAAAUGCUGAGAGAGAUAUCGUACAGUUCGUUCCAUUCAGAGAUUACAUUGAUCACACUGGGAAUCACAUCCUUAGCAUGGAAAGCCUAGCCAAAGAUGUUCUUGCUGAAAUCCCAGACCAGUUCCUAUCCUAUAUGAAGACCAGAGGAAUCAAGCCAUCUCCCACUCCCCCUCCGUACACAUACCCAGGACAUCCAGUGCAAACUCAGAUCUAAAAUGGCCCAGGAGUAAGCCUUGCAGUAUCUCAGUAUUGCUCUCUCAAUCACUCAGUGAGAUUAAGUUUUCCUCAGCCUUUCUGUCCCUUUCUUUUUGCACUAUGGGGGAUGUAGAUGGACAACAUGGUUAGACAGGGUUCUGAAAACAGGUUUACUUCCAUCAUGUCUCAGUUUCUCUCUCUGUCUCAAUGCCUGGCUAGCUUUUUUCUGAGGGCCUUAUUGUAGAAUGAACUUCAUAUUUCUGGCUUACUGUGAAAAGAAGGAUGAAGUUGUAUGAGGGUAAAGAAAGACAAAAAAUUGAGCUGAUGAUGUUGCACCCUGUCUCAGAACAGAAGAGCAGCUUCCUCUUCCUCAGACCAGGAAAAUUCUAACGAAUCACCAGUCGCAAAUAGACUGUUGUAUAUAACUUCAAAAGUAGACUUCUUCCAUCGUUUCUUAUCUUGUUAUCUCUUUCUUCUCUGAGCUCUCACUCAAUGUUUACAUGUUAAUGAUUUUCUUACUGUUGGAUCUAACUUUUAUAAGCAUAUAUCUUCAACAUGAACUUUGCCAUGUAAAUCCUUGCAGCAUGUUAUUUUUGCCAUGUCCAUCAGGUGGCAUGGGCUGGUGUCGUUCCAGAAAACCACAUUUCUUGCAUGGAAAUGGUGUGCCCAGGCAUUCGAUGUAUGUUGUGCAGUAUUCAUGUUAUUUAGCCUUUUCUUAUUCUCUCUUUUCUCUCACUCACUUUCUCUUCGUUUUCUUUUUUUCCCGAUGUAAGCACAAUAGAUGGGCACCUCAUCAUUGUGUAAAAAGAACCUCACAAGACUCACCGUGCUUCAUUACAAUUAGAUCUGAGCAGCUGCUCAAGAGCCCAGUGGUCAAAAACACGGAUACCAUUAUUAUUAGAUGUCUUGUUUUUAUUGUUAUUAUUUUAAGUCUUAUGUUAAAGUAUUGUACGGAUGUUUUGUACUUUUCUGUUAAUUUGGUGAUGCUAUAUAAUCUUUUUCUAAUAGCAUGUGGAUUCAUCCAUCAUAUUUGAUCUUCACCUGGUAGAGUUGCCCAAAGAUAGUGUCAAAAACACAAAGCUUAUCAUGAAAUCCUUCUUCUUGGAUUUCACUGUGAAUAUUUAAGUGUUGAGACCUGAUAAGAUGCAGAAUUAUACACCUAAUUUAAAUGUUUUUGAUCCUAUUAUUUUAGAAAUGAGCUCUUAGUAUUAGGAAAAUAAUUAUUUAAAGUCUUCAAAACUCAUCUUUUCUCUCCUCAACCAAAUAGUCACAGAAACUGGAACAAUAGUUCAAAACAUGACUGUUGUCGUUUGUUUCUAGCAAAUGAAUGAAGUGAAUCAUAUUGACUCCUGGUUUAUUAUGAU